AUGGACAAGCUUAUUGUUGAGCUACCUUUGAUUGAUGCUGUUAAGACUUUUCCAAUGCUUAGGAGAUAUGUCAAGAGAAUGGUUACUAAGGAUUUGAAUGCUGAGCAAGGAGUCAUGAUGAUAUCAGCUCAAGUCAGUGCUAGUAUCCAGAACAAGAUCCCAAAAAAGCUUCAUGAUCUAGGUAGUUUUGUUCUUGACUGCACUAUAUUCACUGACAUAUUUGCUAGAUCUUUGUGUGAUCUUGGUUCUAGUGUCAACUUAAUGCCAAAAUCAGUAGCUCUCAGUCUGGGAAUGACAUACUUCAAGCCUACAUCCUUGCGGAUCGCUCAAUUCGCAUUCCUGAUGGUGUUCUUGAAGAUUGGUGAAUGCUUGAUACCUACUGAUUUUGUGGUACUCAAGUAUGAAGAAGAACCUAAGGACCCUCUUAUCCUUGGAAGAUCAUUCUUAGCCACUGCUGGAGCUACAAUUGAUGUCAAGAGGGGACAAAUUGGGCUUAAUAUUGGUGAUCUAUAA